AUGCCUUAUUCUACAGGUUCGAGCGACUCUGGCUAUUGCUUUACACGUAGAUCGUCAAGAUAUAACCCAGGCAGAGAAACGACAACGAGCUCAGACCGUGCAACGAGUGGUGCUAUAACUGACGAUGAUGAACCAUUGCGAUGCCCUCGUCGUGCUGGCAGUACAUUUGUGCGAAUAGCUCGUGGUAAGUCACGGCGUUUUCGCAAGAAGCCCAUAUCACACAGCGACACUAGUUCACGUUCAAGUUGUUCGAGCAGUGACCUUAAUUCGUUGAACGGUGAGGAGGAACGUCGUUAUACUCUGUCAAGUGAAGACAUCAUCAGUAAGAUAUACGUUUACUUUCAAUCGUUGUUAGUGACGAUACAACGGCAGCAGAAAUUUUUUGAAAAGAUCGCUGGAUUGAUGGCUGAUGCGGAUGCUCGAUGGGGGGCUGGUGGAAUGCGGGAGAGCUGGGUAGAUCCUUCCGGUUGCUUCGCACCAUUCGGAUUUGGCGAUCCCUCAAAACCGACUGCAUUUCCUGGAUGUUGGGCUGUUCCUCAUCCAUCUGUGCAUUUAGCGCUGUUGUCGUCCAAUCUUCAAAAUUACCUCGAAUUUCUAUCAUGGUGA